AUGAGUAAGAGAGUCUUGAAGCAGGCCGCUCAGUUGGGGCGGGAGUUCGACGAGAAGAAGGAGGCCCUGAAGGAGGCGAUCGAGGACAAGGCGCGGAAGGUCGACGGCAAGCUGGCCGACCUGGCCGAGCCCAACGCCAAGAAGGCGGCCAAGCCCAUCGCUAAGAAGGCGGUCAAGCCCAUCGCCAAGAAGGCGGUCGAGUUCCUGCAGAAGCACGGCGACUUGUCCUCCGACGUGUCCGACGUGGCGCAGAGCCAGGCCGCGAGCUUCCUGCGGCCCGCCAUCGUGCGCCGCCGCCGCAGGAGCGAGUCCUACCGGCUGUACAUCACGCGGCUCGUGAAGGACCUCGACCCCGCAUCCGGCAUCACGCAGAGCGGCCUCGCCGUCAUGGACAACUUGACCUGCGACCUGUUCGAGCGCCUGGCGCACGCCUCCACCGACCUGAUCAAGGUGGGCAAGCGGCUCACGCUGAGCGAGCGCGACGUCGAGGCGGCCGUCAAGCUGCAUCUGAAGGGGGAACUGCGGCGGGAGUGCGAGCGGGAGGCCCGCGCCGCCGUCAAGCGCUUCAAGACCUACCAGUGA